AGCACCUCUAGUGGUAGAAGUAGCCAUUAAUGUGCAGCCAAUUGCAAAAGCUCACUGCGUCACCUUUAUAUGUAGCCAGCUUUAUUCACAUUGUCUUGACAUCCAGAAAACAGUGUCAAUAGCACUUAAACCCCAUUGAGCCUUUUCUAGGGUUUCUUGGAAAUAUAUCCCAAAAUGGGCAGCUUUUCAAAUUUCUCUGUAAUAUCUGUGCUGCUAGUUCUUUCACUAGUAAGUGUUGCUUCUCUGGCUGAAGCUAGGGCUUUUUUUGUGUUCGGUGAUUCAUUGGUUGAUAAUGGCAAUAACAACUACCUUGCCACCACUGCUCGUGCCGAUGCCCCCCCCUAUGGCAUCGAUUAUCCGACUCAUCAACCCACUGGCCGUUUCUCUAAUGGCCUUAACAUUCCCGACCUUAUCAGUGAGGCAAUUGGCUCAGAAGCCACAUUACCAUACUUAAGUCCAGCUCUCACAGGACAAAGAUUACUUGUUGGUGCCAAUUUUGCUUCUGCUGGAAUUGGUAUACUUAAUGACACUGGCAUUCAAUUUAUCAAUAUAAUCCGAAUUUACAAGCAAUUGGAAUAUUUUCAACAAUAUCAACAAAGGGUUAGUGCUCUAAUCGGACCUGAUCAAACAGAAAGACUAGUGAACGAAGCACUUGUUCUUAUUACACUUGGUGGUAAUGACUUUGUCAACAACUACUACUUGGUGCCUUUCUCUGCUAGAUCUCGCCAAUUCUCCCUUCCAGAUUAUGUUGUCUAUAUCAUUUCCGAGUAUCGGAAAGUUCUACAGAGAUUAUAUGAACUGGGUGCACGAAGAGUUCUGGUGACCGGAACUGGACCCAUAGGUUGUGUUCCGGCUGAAUUAGCUCAGAGAAGUAGAAAUGGAGAAUGUUCUGUUGAAUUGCAAAGAGCAGCUGGUCUAUUCAAUCCACAACUUGUGGAACUGAUAAAUGGACUUAAUAGUGAAAUUGGAGCAGAUGUUUUCGUAGCUGCGAAUGCAUAUCAAAUGAAUAUGGAUUUCGUUAGCAAUCCCCAAGCAUAUGGAUUCGUUACAUCGAAAGUUGCUUGUUGUGGACAAGGGCCUUACAAUGGAAUUGGAUUAUGCACUAUAGCAUCCAAUUUGUGCCCUAAUAGAGACAUUUAUGCAUUUUGGGAUCCAUUCCAUCCAUCUGAGAGAGCAAAUAGAAUCAUUGUUCAACAAAUUUUAACUGGGGACAACAAAUAUAUGAACCCAAUGAAUCUCAGCACCAUCAUGGCCUUAGAUUCUAGGACUUAAAAAUAUAAUAUUUUGUGCUAUGCAUAUGGCAAUCUUAUUCUUUAUCAUUUUUCCUUAUUGGCUAGGUUUGGUAUGGUUUGUUUGUUUUCCUAUUUUUCUUUUUUUGGGGCAGGGCUUUUAUCAAGUGUCAUUAAAUUUUAAGGAGUGAUUAUUUGUAUGAAAUUCAUGAUAUAUAUGUGUUUAGCUAUGGAUAAACAUUAUUUGUUACUCAAUAAAUUGAAUAUUAUAUGUAAUAUAUAGUAUUAAUGGUUGCAAUUGUA